AUGCAGGUAACAUUAGUGGGAUCACGUGGCUCAUCAAUUGGACAAGUUGGUGUGGGUGAUAAAAUCGUUGCAAUAAAUUAUGAAAAAUUACAAACAAUUAAGGAUUUAAAUGAACAACUCUCUAAACCAGGAAAAGAGGCAAAAGUUACAUUGGAACGAUGCAGUUUUUCAUGUUGCAAACAUAUGAUUACAACCGUUGAAACAUUAACUGUUGAGAAGGGAAGUUCAUUGAAGGUAUUACGAGCUAUUGAAGUAUAUAUGGUAUUAAUUCGAAUAAAAUCAUUUCCGGAUAUGGAUCUUGGUGAGGAACUUGGCUUAUCCGUAAAAUAUGACAACAAAGAGCAAUUACAAGUAGCAUGCGUCACACCGGGCAGUUUAGCAUCUGUUCAUCUUCGACCUGGCGAUGUUAUUAAAGAAGUAAAUGGUGAAUAUAUAACAAGUAAAACGAUGUUAGCUUUUUGGAUAAGGCAUGGUUUUGAUACUAAAAGACAGAUACAAAUAGUGAUUCAAACGGGAGUUGUAGAUGAUAUGCAUAUUGAAAUGCCAGAGGAUGUGCAACAUAUAGCGCAGAAACAGCUAAAGAUUUUCAAGAGUUUAAAAUCACCAAAACCUAUGAUCAGUUUGAUAAAAAAAACUAAUUCUUCAACCGGAAAACAUAUCACAAUUUCCAAGGAGGAACCGAAUGUAACGGAAAUAUGCACCGAUUACGAUCAGGCAACGUUGAAGCAUGUUCAUAAGAAGCGCACUUUAAUGCUCAUUUCGUUUCUCCGUCAAUAG